CGUAUUGCAAGUAUAUUUAAUAUAGAUACGGAAUCAUUCAACUCGCAAAAAAUAAGAUUGAACAGUAAACUUGAUAGAAACUUUCGGUGGAGAACGACAAGGAUACCCACUUUCAAUUAACUUUUAAAAUUAGUUUUACAAGUAGACACAAUGCGAAUGCUUUUAUUAUUAUGUAUUAUUGGAUGUGCAGUUGUACAUGGACAGUUUCCUGGACAGGGUCAGAAUUUUGGUCAGCAAGGAGGACCUAACUUCGGUCCAGGUGGUCCUCAAGGUGGUGGACCAAAUUUUGGUGCUGGACCACAAGGAGGUCCACAGGGAUUCGGUCCUGGAGGUCUUCAGGGCGGAGGAGGCAUUCCAGGACAAGGUGGCUUUGGUCCUCAGGGUGGAGCAGGCAUUCCAGGCCAAGGUGGCUUUGGUCCUCAAGGGAACGCUGGAAUAGGUCAAGCUGGACAAACACAACAAGGACUUCCACCUCCACCGCAGUCAAAUAGCGUUUGGACAUAUGCAACGUGCUAUUUGAAUGAAACGGGAUCAAACGUGAGAGGUCGUGUAGAUAUGAGACAAUCUACAUUCGGUGGUCCAACACAAGCCAGAGUACAAGUGAUUGGCUUACCACCAAGUUUAAUGAGUGACACUGAACAUGGUAUGCAUGUACACGAGUAUGGUGACGUAGGCAGAGGAUGCUAUGCUGCUGGACCUCAUUUUGAUGUCAAUGGCUUCUCUUUCCACGGAUCACCAAACAAUGUCAGAUCGAAUACAUUUCACGAGGGUGAUAUGGGUAAUCUACGACAAUCCAAUGCUGGCGUAAUAGAUGCUGAAUUAGUUCUACCUGCCAUGACAAUCGAUGGAGACAAUGGUAUUAUAGGACGUGCAGUAGUGUUACAUGAAGGUAGAGAUGAUUUAGGAAGAGGAGGAACUUCAAUGAGUCUACAAACAGGAAAUGCAGGUGCUCCAAUAGCUUGUUGUGUUUUGUCUCAUGCAGAUAGUACGAAUUGGGAUAACCGUUUUAUUCAAACAGGAAGACCAACACAAUUUUCGAACACUAUUCCCACAAACCCUAACCAGUUUGGAGGACUUCAAGGACAACAAGGUGGUGGAUUUAAUGCGCUUAAUCCAUUUGGACAAGGUCCUGGACCUAACGGCUUUAAUGGUGGUCCCGGCCCUCAAGGUGGUUUUGGUGGACCACAACCUGGUGGUCCUGGUGGUCCUGGUGGUCCUGGAGGUCCUGGUGGUCCUGGUGGUUUCAACUAGACUUCCACUGACAUUGACUUAUCAGACGUUCUAUAAAAUAAGCCAUAAUUAUUUAUUUCAUCUCUGCAUUUAUCUUUCUCAUUAUAUCAAUCAUCGUGUAUAUGUGCGUAUACAAUCCUAAGCUGCCAGUUUUUUGUAUCAUUUCCAGUUGUCUUUUGGAUUACUAACUACGCUGGCGUAAUAGUAAAAAAAGAUGACUUGGAAAUAUUGACUGUUUUAAAAAGGAUCGAGGAAGUGAUGGAAAGUUAUGAAACAACGUUACUAAUCAUGUUAACGCUAUAGUUCCUAAGGCCACGGACACGAAGUCUGUCAAGAACUUGUACUGACUUCCUGGUUUAGACGGAGAUAUUUUGUACUUGUUUAAUAAACAACAUAAAACACAGUCAUAUUUUAUAUGUCGUACCCUACAUGAUUCAGUUAAAUUUUGUUCGUAUUUUGGUUUGCUUUUGAGCAUACUUCUAAUAAUACCUUUUUGAAGGACAGCCCGGUCUGUGACUUUGUAAAGGUUAUCGGAUUCGGAACAAACAUGAUAAACAUUUCAUUUGAUAUAUUCAUAAAAUCAUGCAUUGGUCAUCAAAAAUAAAACUGUCACUUGUA